AUGCGCGCCGUGUAUAUUCUAGCGAUGGCGUGUGCCGCCACUUUACAAGCCAGCAGCAGUGCUCUCCCUUCGGCUAAGGACUUGAAUUCUCAAGUUGAAAGCUUAGUUCCAUCGGAUAUUACCGACUCGGCUCAUGUGGGUGGUGUUCGGCUACUGCGCGUCGAAGACAAAGAAGAGGAGACCGAGGAAGAGAGAGGUUUUGGGGGCGCGCUGGCAGACGGUUUGAAAAAGCCCAACCCCGCUAAGGCUGCUAAGAAGGCUAAGGAAAAAGCUGCGAAAAUUAAGCAGGAUCUUAAAGAGAUAGGAGAACACGCGGCAUGGCUGGAGAAAAUGAGGGAAACGAUCGGAAAGGACUAA